CGUACGUCAACAUGGUUAAGAGGGGAGUUUAAAAAGUAACGUCAUUUAAAUUAAUUGAUUGAAGAUUUGUUGAUACAUUGUGAUUUAAAUAUUCGUAAAACUCUAAUUUAUUCAUGCUAAUGCUUGUGUAUAUACAAAGUGAUAAACUCGGUCCAAGCGCCAGAUGCAUUUACUCCCUUUGAAUUUACAUGUUAUGGACUUAAAUAAUGGAAACCAGCCAUUUACAUGACUUAUGAAAUUUCCCUCGCACAGUAAUAUCUGUUUAACUUAAGCAGAAUUCUGUGGAUCGUUGCGAAUGGAAACGGACAGUAAUCAGUGUACAUGACACGUGUAUGGAACGUAAAUAUUGUGCAUUUAAUCAUCUAUUGUUACAUGUGUUAUUGAUACCUGCGUCAUGAGAUCGAGAAUUCACCCCGGAGUUGUUGCUGGAAUGGUAGGGGCAGUAGUGUUGUUGUCGGUUGUGAUUUUGCGACGACCUGGUGAUUUGCUUGGUGGAACAUCGUGCGUCCAACCGCCAGAACCCGUUUAUGGAGAGCCUCUCUUUCGGAGAAGCAUUGAAGUCGCAAAUGACGAUGAAAGUGUAUCGCUUCAAAAUACAUUGAGGGAUGAAAGGAAUAAACUGUCUAAAGACCUCAACGAAAUGAAGCAGAAGCUUGGACGCAUGGAUUGUGAGAAAGAGGAAAGUAAGACCAACUCGGCCGGCGGUUGGUGCAAGAAAGCGAGCUCCGAGGACGGUGGAGAACACAUGACCGAUAUGCCUCUUAUCAAGAAACUUACCACAUUUCUAAAGGGCAAAAAAGUCGGCAGCUUCGGUGAUGGUCCUGGCGCCUACAAACGCGAGCUCUUAAAGCUGGGUGACGUGUCUUCAUAUGACGCAUACGACGGCGCCCCCUAUUGUGAAGAGACGAGCGAGGGGCGCGUCAGGUUCAUGGAUCUUACCGUACCACAAUACGGAAUUCCCAUGUACGACUGGAUCAUAUCUCUCGAGGUCGCAGAACACAUCCCAAAAUCAUACGAACCAGUCUAUAUAGAUAACAUUGUGAGGCACAGCAGGGAAGGAAUCAUUAUUAGCUGGGCUAGACCAGGUCAGGGAGGGCUGGCACAUAUCAACAAUAGACCUCUCUCAUACGUGGUUAGUCUCAUGGAGCACCAUGGAUUUGGUCACGACAAGAAUGCAUCUAACACGUUGCAAAUGGCUUCAUCAUUUGGGUGGCUUAGAGACAAUUUAAAUGUUUUUAGAAGAGAAAAGGAACACAAUUUAAAAUUAUUUGAACAGUGGUAUACAUAAUUCUCCACCAAUAAAUGUAAAUGUUAAA